AUGCUGGUUGCUCUAGAGGCUGGUAGCCUGAUAAGGGCACUAGUGCUUCUUGCCUCGGUUCCAUUCGUGUAUUUCGUAUACAUAUUCGUAUCCGAAUCACUAGCCAUUAAAACACUUAUUUUCAUUGCCUUUUCGGGGCUCAAAAUCCGUGACAUCGAGCUUGUUUCCAGGUCUGUUUUGCCUAAAUUCUAUGCUGAAGAUGUGCACCCUGAAACUUGGAGGGUGUUCAAUUCUUUUGGGUUUGUUCAAAAACCAGGUGUUCUUGUUGGAGAACACAAAAAAAGGGCCAUUUUAAAAGAAUUUGGGACAAGUGUACCAGAUUUAGGUCUUGGGGACAGAGAGACAGACCAUGAUUUCAUGUCCAUUUGCAAGGAAGGAUACAUGGUUCCCAGAACAAGAAUUGAGGCACUACCAAGGAACAAACUUCUGUCCCCAGUCAUUUUUCAUGAGGGUCGUUUAGUACAAAAACCAACACCGCUAGUGGCUCUUGUCUCCUUCUUAUGGAUGCCAAUUGGAAUUAUUCUCUCUCUCAUUAGGGUUUAUUUGAACAUCCCUUUGCCAGAAAGAAUUGUUCGAUACAACUAUAUGAUUCUUGGAAUUAAGCUCGUUGUCAAAGGCACCCCUCCUCCGCCUCCCACUUCCGGCAGACGCGGCGUUCUCUUCAUCUGCAACCACCGUACAGUCCUCGACCCGGUUGUCACCGCGGUGGCACUAGGCCGGAAAAUAAGUUGUGUCACUUAUAGCAUAAGUAAAUUUUCUGAACUCAUUUCACCUAUUAAAGCAGUUGCAUUAUCGAGAGAACGAGAAAAGGACGCGGAAAAUAUCAAACGUUUGCUCGAAGAAGGCGACCUAGUAAUAUGUCCCGAGGGUACAACAUGUAGAGAGCCAUUUUUGCUAAGGUUUAGUGCACUUUUUGCCGAACUCACUGAUAGAAUUGUGCCAGUGGCGAUCAACACAAAACAAAGUGUAUUUUACGGGACGACGGCCAGAGGGUACAAAUUGUUGGAUCCGUAUUUCGUUUUCAUGAACCCGAGACCCGUUUAUGAGAUCACUUUCUUGAAUCAACUGCCUCCAGAGCUCACUUGCAGGGGUGGAAAAUCUGCCAUUGAAGUUGCAAAUUAUAUUCAAAGGGUGCUGGCUGGUACAUUAGGUUAUGAGUGCACAAAUUUGACUAGGAAAGAUAAGUAUGCUAUGAUUGCAGGAACGGAUGGGAGGGUUCAAUCCAAGAAGGAUAAGUCAGAUGAAAAAAAGUGA